UUAACUGGAAAUCUGCCGACUUGCCAAAUCGAUGCUAGGACUAAGCAAGCGUUUCCAGAGUUAGUUUUAGCAGACAAGAGAUUUUUUGUAAGUGAGCAAGUUGAUCUUGUCCUCGGUGGAGACAUUUACGCACAAAUAAUGCUAGGCGGUAUCAGGAAAGACGUACUGGGAACUCUUCUUGCUCAGGAAACCGUCUUCGGCUGGAUUCUCACCGGUCAAACUGACACAAGUACCCCAGCGAAUAAGUGCGUAUCAUUUUUUAGCGAAAUAAAUUUAGACAAACGCUUAGCGUCCUUUUGGGAAUUGGAAGAUAUCCCAAGAAAUAAGACCUACAACAAAGAUGAAACCUAUUGCGAGGAACUUUAUAAAAGCACUACUAAACGGAAUAAAGCAGGCAAAUAUAUUGUGUCACUGCCGUUCAAACAGGAUUUUCCAACUAACGUACGAUUAGGUCCGUCACUUAAGAUCGCUUGCUCACAAUUUUUUCGAAGUGAAACGCGUUUAGCAAAGGAUCCACCUUUACAAACAGAAUACAAUAGGGUCUUGUCUGAAUACGAGACAUUGGGACACAUGACUCGGAUUCCUGAACAUAUUCCUGGAGACGAAUGUGAGAACUACUUCCUACCUCAUCAUGCUGUCAGGAAAGAGGAAAGCACUACCACCAAAGUGCGAGUAGUCUUUAACGCAUCGUGUCCGACUGCAAACGGAGUCAGUCUCAACGACAUCCUCCACCCAGGUCCAGUCCUGCAAAGUGACUUGACAAUUUUAAUAUUACGGUGGAGACUAUUUCAAUAUGUGUUUAACAGCGACAUCGAAAAGAUGUAUCGCCAAAUUUUAUUAAACCCUGAUCAAACCAAAUAUCAACGUAUUGUUUUCCGAAAAAGCUCAAGCGAACCAAUUAAUUUAUAUGAACUGAACACGGUUACCUUCGGUGUUAAUUGCGCACCUUACUUAGCAAUUAGAACCCUACUUCAAUUAGCUGACGAUGUAGAGAGUCUAUAUCCUGUAGCUUCAGAUAUAUUGAAAAAAUGUAUGUAUGUCGACGAUGUUUUAGCAGGAGGACACACCAUCGAAUCUACCAUCAAAGCUAAAGACGAGGUAUCAAUGGUUUUACAAUCUGCUGGAUUCCCGCUACGAAAAUGGACAUCCAACUGCGAAAAAAUACUGGAAGGAUUACCCAAAUCACACCUUUUAAACGAAGAUUUUUUGGAUUUUGAGGACACCAGUACCGUCAAGGCGUUGGGCAUCAGAUGGAAUGCCCAUUCUGAUAAGUUUUAUUUUACUGCCAAGCCAUUGGAGACUGAGGUUCGCUUUACAAAAAGAGCAAUACUUUCGGCUAUUGCAAAAUUAUUUGACCCAUUAGGAUGGCUCGCGCCAUUUGUAGUUACAGCAAAAAUUAUAAUGCAAGACAUUUGGUUGGAAGGAACAGGUUGGGACGAAAUUGUCUCAACUGCAUCGUCCGAUCGUUGGCAAAACUUUGUAGAGAGCUACUGCCACAUCGACAAAAUUCGUAUUCCUCGUUGGGUAUACUUUUCUCCUACAGAUAAAAUAGAACUUCAUGGCUUCUGCGAUGCCUCAGAAAAGGCAUACGCAGCCACUAUUUUUCUUCGGGUUCAAAAAGCGGAAAAGGUAUUUGUCAAUCUUCUACUAUUUCGUUACCACGAUUGGAGCUGUGCGGUGCUGUUCUGCUUGCAGAACUUGUUGAAUCGAUCGUUAGCAAUCUCACUUUAGGCCAGUUUACCACACAUCUGUGGACAGAUUCGACUAUUGUCCUAGCCUGGAUUCGAAAACCUCCCUGCUCAUGGUCAACAUUUGUUGCCCAUCGCGUAACAAAAAUCAUUGAGAAAGUUGGAAGCCAAAAUUGGCUCCAUGUGGAUUCAGCAUCAAAUCCAUCAGAUUUAGCUAGCAGGGGUAUUAUUGCGCAAGAAUUGGUAGCCUCUUCCUUGUGGUGGGAGGGUCCUUCUUGGUUGCAAGAAGAAAGAACACAAUGGCCCACACAGGAAAAGGACUAUAAGACACAGUUAGAACAAAAAAGGGUACAGGUUCAUGCGACCACGGCAGUCGAUAUUAGUAAUGAUAUUCUUGAAAGAUUUUCCGAUCUACCGAGAGCUUUGAGAGUUCUAUCAUACGUACUGAGAUUCUCCCAAAGAACUCGCCGUAACACUAGAGCUUCAUUUCAAGCGGAAUCUUGUUCGAUUUCAGCUGAUGAAAUCAAAGCAACGACUCAACGCUUAAUAAUUAUCUGCCAGAAGCAGCAUUAUGGUCAGGAGUACUCAUCACUGAGAUCGGCAAAAUUAAUAAGUCCAAAAAGUGAAAUCUUGUCCCUGAACCCAUACAUCGACAAGGAAAAUAUAAUUAGGACAGGUGGUCGCCUUGGAAAAUCUUUAGAUCUCGCUUAUAACGAGCGCCACCCAAUUAUCCUUCCAUAUAAUAGCAACUUGUCUCGUCUUAUAGUCCAGUUCGUUCACAAAGUAUCACUGCAUGGUGAGAAUCAGCUUAUGUUGCGCUUGAUUAGAACGCAAUAUUGGAUACCUCGAGUCCAGAAUAUGAUCAAAUCGACAAUUCACAACUGUAAGAUCUGUACGAUCUACCGAAAACGGUCGCAAACGCAGCUUAUGGGCAUUCUUCCUAAAGAACGCACCACAUUUUCACGCGCGUUUACUAACACAGGUGUCGACUUCACCGGACCUUUCGACAUAAAGAACUACAACGGACGAGGUUGCAGGGUGUCUAAGGGGUACGUAUGUCUGUUUGUGUGCUUUGCAACCAAGGCGAUCCAUUUGGAAGCCACCUCUGAUUUAAGCACACAGUCAUUCUUGGCAGCAUUUGCAAGAUUCGUGGGGAGGCGAGGGUGCCCAAAAAAUGUCUACUCCGACAACGGUACCAACUUUGUCGGAGCUUCGCGAUCGCUAAGAUCAGAAUUCAAAGCCUUUAUGGCCGAAGCCCGCAAUAACACCAUAACAAAAUACACCCAUCAAAUGCUUACAUGGCAUUUCAUUCCCGCCGCAGCUCCCCACAUGGGUGGAUUGUGGGAGGCGGGAGUCAAAAGUUUUAAAUGCCACUUCACAAAAAUCGCUUCAAACUAUAAAUAUACAUUCGAAGAAUUUACGACCCUUCUAUGCAGAGUUGAGUCAUGCCUCAACUCGCGACCCCUCAGUCCCUCUUCAAACCAACCCUCAGACUUAGAGCCACUUACUCCAGGUCACUUCUUAGUCGGCGGGCACCUUCUUGCUCCUCCUGAAAUCGACGCUGAUGAACACCGUGCGUCGAUUGUGAAUCGUUGGCAAAGACUGAAGGCUCUACACCAUACGUUCUGCAAGAGGUGGAAAACAGAAUACCUGUCGGAACUCCAAAAGCGCAAUAAGUGGAAAUACCCACAAGCCAACUUGAAAAAUGGAGACCUCGUCGUUAUUAAGGAGGACAACCUACCACCUAACGAGUGGAGAUUAGGUAGAAUCGUUAACCUACACCCAGGUUCAGAUAACCGCGUACGAGUCGUGGAGGUCAUGACCGAAAGAGGGCAAGUCACAAGGCCAUUAGUAAAAUUGGUCUUAUUGCCGCCAUAUAGAGAACAGGAUGAGGAACAACCCAGCCACUCUGUCUCAUCAUCUACGUCGUCGUAACAACCAUCGCGAAUUCCACUUCUCAACGCCCUACGCAAUCCCACAUCUCAAAUGGCAAAUAUUCCAGUUACCGAAUCAUCGAUACGAGUAGCUUCGAAAGCGCAUGUCUGAAGUAUGCGUACCUAAGCAAUAC